AUGAAUCUCUUGUUGGGUGUCGUCUGCCAGAAGAGCGCGGCGACAGCUCUCGCGUUGCUACCCAGUUUGGAUGCUUGCACAUUGGCAAACAGUGACCUCUUGCAGAAGGUUGAAAACCUGGAGAAUGAGAUCAAGGAGCUGAAGAAAUGUCGGAACGAGGAGGGAAUGCUUGCCGCAACACUUGCCAGAUUGGUUGAACAGGUGAAAAAGGUUGAGCAGUUGCUGCCUCAACAAGAGAGUGGUCUCAAGGACAACUCUUCUGAGAAAAGUCCCAAGGAAAGUGCAAGCAAAGGAGCAAGAAGGGCCAGGAGCGGCUUAAAGAACCGACAAAGGCACGGCACUGCAAACGGAUCGGUGGGCAGGCGUGUGACCAACGACUCGUCCUUGGUGAAGAUUGGUGAAGGCGUCACUUUCAAGAAGAAGCAGUUGGAGAAGCUUUGGAAGCUACCAAACCUCACCGCGACCAAGUUUGUCCGCCAACUCUGCCUAGCCGUGUUCACUCCUCAAGAGCUGCAAGGCAAAUGCUUGAAGCAAACGGGUCCCAGCGACAACAGAGAAGUCCUGGAUCCACUUCGCCUGAAUGCCAUAGUCGACUUCACGUGUGCAAACUUUGGCGCCAACAGAAGCCGCUUGAGAAUGGUCAUCUCCUACAUGCUGCGCCGACUGAACGAGGGAUACGCUCUACGAUCGCAUUGGUGAUGUGCACACCAGCGAAGGUGACAUUGUAGCCGGACUAGGGGAGAAAUUCAGCCUUGUUAGGACGUGCAAGCGAUGUUCAACGCAAAGUAACGCAAGGACGAGAAGGGAAGACACAACACGUGUGCUAACUUUCAACAAAAUGGUUUAUUGCAAUCGAAGCACUGUUUUUUUACAUACCUGUUCAUACUGUUUUUUUUUACAAGG